CUCAUGCCUCGCGGGGCGUAGAUUCCUACUUCUUCCCAAGGAGAAACGAGAGGCGCGGUGGGUGAGGGAAGAGCGGCAGCCAUGACGGAGUCCGAAGAGGAACCCGUACUCCUCGAGCGUUCUGCUCGACUCACCAGAGGGAAGAGAAUGUCCAAGUUGCUUGAUAAUGCGAUUGAACAGGAUGAAAUAUUCUGGAAUCAAGAUGCUCUUAAAGAGGAAGAGAACGAUGAAAAUUAUGAAGAAGAAGUGGAAGCUGCUGAUGAAUUUGAUAGUGAUUUUAAUGAUGACGAACCUGAUCCUGACGAAGAAGCUGAAGUUGUUGCAGAAGACAAGUUACCUGUCAAAAAGCGGCUAAUAUUCCCUGGAAAGCCAGCAACAAAGAAGAAAAAUAAAAAAAAGGUUCUCUUGAAGCUGGAAAAUACACCAGAAGAUGAGAAAUUGUCCAAGAAAACUCCCCCCUCUGAAAAUCAGGAUUUACCUGACGACAUAGAAGGUGAGAGAACAGUGAGAAAGUCAACUAGGACAUCAGUGAUUGUGCGACAGGCAGAAAGAGAAAUACGUGCAGCAUUGCAGGCAUCCAUGAAGCCAAUCAAGAGAAAAAAAGAAGGCGAGGAAAAACGGAUGACACAAGAAGAGAUGCUUUUGGAAGCGGCUCAAACAGAAAUUAUGAAUUUGAGAAAUUUAGAACGCGUACUGGCAAGGGAAGAAGAAGUCAAGAAAAAAGCUGUUGUGCAUAAAGCAGUCUAUGAUGGUCCUCAAAUACGAUUUACAUCAAGAAAUGGUGAAUCAUAUCUAGAAUUCAUCAAGGGUGCAUCUUUUCAGUCAGAAAUUUGUACAUCAUCAGUUCCCUAUCCAAGGAAAUCUUUUUGUGUGAUCACUGGAUUGCCUGCUAAAUAUCGUGACCCAAAGACAGGACUACCUUAUGCGACACUGGAAGCUUUCAAAUUAAUUCGAGAAAGAUUCACAAAACAGGAAACCGAUCAGAAGCAACUGGGAAAGAUAGAUAUGGGAGAUCUAUUUGAUGCAAUUUCUAAUGAAGGAUUUUUAUCCACUCGGAGUAGAAGGGAUGCUGGGAUAAUGAGAAGGCCAACCGAUCUUCGAUUAGGAGCUCAAUUCCGAAGAAUACCAGCUCUAGAAAUGCUUGAUCAAGAUUAAUAGAAAAUAGUGGCACAUCAGAUCUUUCAAGACAAUUGGCUGUUUCGCCCAUGAGUUCAUGCAUAUGGGUGUGUACACGAGCGUUGAUGACCCAUAUGCUGUAUUCCACGGCAUAUAUGAUUGACAGCCAACUUCAUCAGCUUAGGUUGACAACUUCAAGCUUUUUGCGAAAGAAUACCCUUAGUAAACAUCAUUGAUUAGUCUGGAUGUACUGUGUAACUAUGUAUACUAUUAGUCGGUUGCAUGUCUUACAUUUUAGUAACAGGCUAUCGGGGAUUUGCUGAUGAUUU